CCUUAACUUUAAACAUCAACAUCCAUCAUUCAAUACACUUUCAUAGAAUAACUGCAAUCAAAUUGGCCUUAUAAUUGUAAAGAAUAUUUUAUGUUAAAUCAAUAAUUAUUUGUCGUUAAUUUGAAAUACUUUUCCAGUGCAUAUGAACUCUUGCGAAUUCAAUAAUGAAAGAUAUUUCUAAAUAACAAAUUGAAGUUUGAAAAUCACCAAAUUAUAACAUUUCAACAACAUAGACAAAAAUUAAUUAAUAAAAUUAUUUACAACUAACUCCAUGUCCAGUAAUUAUGAUCUUGUAUCAAGUUUAUUUUGAACACUUUAAUAGGUUCAAUGAAACACAUAUAAGAUCAUACUGAAACAGAGAAAGACGCCUUAAUCCUAAAUUAUAUCAGAUACAAAAGCAUGUUUAAAACAACAACAACAAAAUGUUUAGUUAUAGGCUUUGAAAUUCAAUUAUUAUACUUAGUUAAUGUUAACAAUUAUACACAAAUAUUUUGAAUUGCAUCCAUAUCUUUUUCACUAAUCAAGUGUAACCAUUUUCAUGAUUUUGUUUUUGUUUUUUUUAACAUUUCUUAUAAUUUUUCUUAUAUAAGUAUUUUCCAUAAUUUUUCGAUCUUUCUUUGAUAUCACGUUCUUAACAUCUUAACAAUGGGUGAAAUUGAUACAACCAUUCCUUUUGCCUCCGUUCGUGAUGCGGUUUAUAUGUUUGAUGAACCUUGUUCCAUAAACACACACCGUGUGUUUCCCACAACCAAUGAUUUACACCAAAAGAAAAUUGAAUGUUUGCAAGGAGAAUUGCAUGAACUACGUGGAGAAUUUACAAAUACGCAAAUGCAACUUUUAAUUGAACAAAACAAGACAAAAGAAGCUUUUCAAGAAUUGUUCAAAAUCAAAACUAAUUUUGAAGAAAAGAACAUGGAAAAUGAAAACAUGAUUGUUUCAAAGUUAUGUACAUUGGAUGAUCAAUUAGAGUUAGGGUGUGAAAAAAAAGCUCGAAAUGGACAUAAAGUAGAAGAAAACCAUACUACAUUAUACAAUGAACUAGAAGAUUUGGAGGAUCAUUAUAAAAGCAUAUCAAGUGGUCGUCAAAAUGAUCAAGAAACAAAGGAUGAGGUACAAAAAGACAUUGUCUUUGAAGAAAAUAUUCAAACCAAUAAUAUUGAAAUGAAUUGCAAAGAGAAGUAUUGCAUUCAUGGUGUGCAAAAUUUGGAAAAUUUUGAUGGAGAUUUAUUUGAAAUUAAUGAAACACCCAAUAACAAAUAUGUUAAGAUUGAAGAAAACUCAGAAACCUUGAAAGAGGGUUUGGAAUUGAGAAAGGUAAUAGACGAAGUUCAAAAUGCACAUGUGCAAAUUGAGAGCUUAAAAGCAGAAUUGCAAGAUGCAAGGCAUAAACAUGUGGACAUUAAUUCUUAUUUGGAAAAAUUGGAAAAUGAACUAAAAGCUGCAAAAGAAAUGGAAAAAAUAGCUUUAUUAAAAGAAAUGGAGACAAAAACUGCUUUUGAGAAAUUGAGAACUGAAGCUGAAAAUUUCAAAAUUGAAAAUGAAAAAGAUAUGGAUACAAUAUCAAAAAUAGCUUCACAAAGAGAAAAAGAAUUGUUAGCAUCUUUAGCAUCACUUCAAAGCGAACUUGAAAAUAAAACCUACGAACUUGUUGACUUGAAAGAAAAAGCUGCAAUAUCAUCCAAUAAAAUAGAAAAAGAAUCCAAUCAGCUUUUAGAUAACUUAAAUGCUGCUAAUCUGAAAGGCACAAAUACAAAAGAAUGUUUAAUUAAGUUACAUGAAGUGUUGCAACAAGUGAGUAAAGAAGCUUUUGAAGCCAAAAAUGCUGCAACCAAAGCCUUCGAAACAAUGGCUUUAAGAACUCAAGAUUUGGAAGAAUCAUUCUUUGAUAAAAAAGUUGCAGAAUUCCAAUCAAAAUCAGCCAUUGAUGAAUCAAAAGUUGGCAUGGUUUCCGAAAUCCCUUCCCAAGAAAAGGUUUAUGAUUUGAAGGCAUGUGUAAUGGAUAGCUCAACAAACUUGGAUUCCAUUAAAAAUCUAUUGAAAUCCAACCAACCCACAAUGAAUGAAGUUGUUGAAGUUGUUGAUAAUGAUCUUAAAAGAUGGAAUUCCAAUUUUAUAAAGAACCACGAAUCAAGUUUAGUGGAGAGUAAACCACACCCAAUUGAUUUAUUCAUACAUGAAUCAUUUACCAAACUAAACAAAGAUAUGCACGACAAUGCUCUACAUUCAAAAGAAUCUUUAGAAAAAGUGUUUCAAUAUAAUUUUUCAACAAAUAAUGUUUCGAAGAAAAGAUUAUAUUUUGGAAAACUAUUUUCCUAUUUUGGUAGAAAACUGAAAAGAUAGAGAAUGCCUUUUUUUUAAUUUUUUAAUUUUUAUUACAGGUAAUUGUAAUGUUUUAAUUUUUUUUUAUUCGAACUUUGGUUUAAAUGAAAAUUUUGAGUACAUAAGAUUCAGGAUCGUACAUACAAGUGUGUUGAGUGAGUGAAAAAAACUGGUAUUGUUGUUGUAUUUUUCUAUUAUAUUUUAAAGUCAUUCUUUUGAA